AUGCACAAGCUCACGAACAUGGAGGCUCAGCGUGUCAUCGCGGUCCUGGAAGACGCCGUUGAACGACUCGAUUUCAUUUCGCUCAUCCCUACUACGCCAGAUCCGGAAUUACUCGAUCGGAUCACAGGAAUUGGUGACGUACCGCUAAAAAACGCGACCCAACAGCAAUGGCAAGUCGAAGAGAGCCAACUGGUCAUGGCAGUUGGUCACAGCCCAAAUUCAGCAAAGACUAGCCGUGAAGAUAUUUCGGAGCAGCUGAACCAUGUGACCCGAGCCCUUUGUCGGCACCUCAAAAGAAACAAAGACGCCCGCUCUAUUUUUAAAAGGAACGCGUCUGCUGCUCGAAGUCCACAUCUGGUGAACUGUCAACAGUACCUCUCUGAUUUGACAGCUGUUAUGCAAGAUCUCACGGAAAAAGAACGAACCGCGGCAGAGGAAGCAUCUGCACUACAGCAAACACUAGAGACACAGCGAGCUGAACGUGACCGAGAAGUAUCAGCGCACGAUCAAACUCUAACCAAGCUUCGUGCGGAGCUGCAGGACAUUACCCAGACCAACCAAACUAAAAUGGAUGGUGUCCGCGCACAAAUGGACGAUCAGAUCACCAAGUCCGAGGACGACCAUGCGAUUGCGUCGGAGCAGCUUCUCGAGAAGCUCAAUUCACUUGAAGCCAAUAUUGAGACAGAUAGCCAGACAAAUCGUGAGAUUGAGGCAACCCUGAGGAAGAAAAAAGAGCGAAUUGAAGCUGAUCUUUCUGCCCAGUACGACGAGAACAUGGCUGAAAUGCUUCGCCAGACAGAAGAGAUUAAAGAAAAAAUGAUUGCCGAAAAGGAGAAUCUGCGAGAGCUUGAAGAAUAUUUCGCCAAGAUUGACGCCAAUCAAAGACGCCAAAACGAAGAAGUCAGUAUUCUCGCAGCCUUCCGUAGGCGUGUCUUGAUGGCGGAAAACGCCCUUCACAAAGCAGCAACAUGCGUUCAGAAAAUAGUCCGAGGCAAGCAGCUACGUGCGUUCAUCAGGCAGCUUCUCAACAAGAAAAAUAAGAAGGGCAAAGGUGGCAAAAAGAGUGGGAAAAAGAAGAAAUGACGUGUUUCAACUUUUUCCAAUCGACAAGACCCCUUUGUUGCUACUGUAUUAUUGCCCAUGGCCCUGGCAUCGACCUUCGCGGGAGGGGGGGGCUGGGGCUGUGCACGUUAUGGCGGACGCGCAAGAGCCAAUCUCGUACACGCAGCGCGGCACAAUUGCGAAGGGCGAUCUAGUGCUUGCGCCUGUUGAGCUGCUUCCAGCGGAAUGGCGUUCUUGGCGCGGAAUCUCCACGACGCUAGAGUACGUGCGCAGAGCUGCGACAGUGAGCCCCCCCAGCCGCUC